UUCGACAGCGUGACUGACGGAGGCUUCACGGCGGCCGAGGACCGUUCACAACAAAGGCGAGAGGCAGAUUUUUAUUUGGAGUCAACACAGUUUUAUCAGAUAAGCACUAAAUUAUUCAGGGUCAGAAAGAGAAAAAACGACCGCUAUCGUCGUGCUAAUUGGGAAGCGCACCAUGCCGGCUAUCUGUGGACCCACAGGCUGAAGAGGUCUGAUUGUUCUGGAGAGUUGGGAAGCGAGAGAUGGGGAACACGGCCACUAAGUUCCGCAAGGCACUGAUCAGUGGAGAUGAGGUUCUGGCCUAUCAGCUCUACGAGGGCAACCCGCAAUUCAAAGAGUCUCUAGACCCCAACACCUCAUAUGGAGAACCGUACCAACACAACACCCCGCUCCAUUAUGCUGCCAGACAUGCCAUGACACGCAUACUCAGGUCCUUCCUCUUCAGCAAGGAUGGGAACCCCAACAAGCGUAACAUGCACAAUGAGACUACACUGCAUGUGUUGUGCAUGGGGCCGCAUAUCCUGCUAUCCGAAGGGGCGCUGCAGCCUCGACUAGCCCGUCCGUAUGAAGAUGAACGCAGGCGGGCUGAGUGCCUCCAAAUGAUCCUAAAGUGGACCGGCGCCAAACUGGACCGUGGUGAAUAUGAGAGUGCUGACGUCAGUGCCACCGAUAACAAGAAAAACACACCACUACACUACGCCGCUGCCUCAGGGAUGAAGACAUGUGUGGAGUUUCUGGUGAAACGUGGUGCAGACCUGUUUGCAGAGAAUGAGAUCAAGGAGACCCCGUGUGACUGUGCAGAAAGGCAGCACCAUAAGGAGCUUGCGCUCAGUCUGGAGUCUCAGAUGGUCUUCUCCACAGACCCCCAUGCAGAGGAUAUCGAGGCAGAGUAUGCAGCCUUAGACCGCAGGGAGUUUUAUGAAGGUUUGCGAGUGCAGGACCUGAGGAGACUGAAGGACAUGCUGAUAGUGGAGACGGCAGAUAUGUUGCAAGCUCCUCUCUUUACCGCAGAGGCUCUUCUUCGGGCACACGACUGGGACAGGGAGAAACUCCUGGAAGCUUGGAUGUCUAAUGCUGAAAACUGCUGUCAGCGCUCAGGCGUUCAGAUGCCAACUCCCCCGCCCAGAGGCUACAACACCUGGGACACCCUGCCCUCACCUCGUACGCCUCGCACCACACGCUCAUCCAUCACCUCCCCGGACGAGAUCAGCCUCACCCCUGCUGAUGAUGAUCGCUCGUUGUGUGGCAUUUGCAUGUGUGCGGCCUCCAUGUUUGAAGAGCCUGUUGAUAUUCCAUGUGGUCAUGAGUUCUGCAGAGGAUGCUGGGAAAGUUUCCUGAAUAUGAAGAUUCAGGAGGGAGAGGCCCACAACAUCUUCUGCCCAGCUUAUGACUGCUUCCAGCUGGUUCCUGUUGAGGUCAUUGAGAGCAUUGUGUCCAGAGAAAUGGACAAACGUUAUCUGCAGUUUGACAUCAAGGCAUUUGUUGAGAAUAAUCCUGCCAUCCGGUGGUGCCCGCGGGCUGGCUGUGAUAGAGCGGUGCGAUUGGCCGGACAAGGGCCAGGUGCCAGCACCUCUGACCCGCUCAGUUUUCCUCGCCUCCAGGCCCCUGCUGUGGACUGUGGCAAGGGCCAUCUUUUCUGCUGGGAGUGCCAAGGAGAGGCCCAUGAACCAUGUGACUGCCAAACUUGGAAGAUGUGGCUUCAGAAAGUCACUGAUAUGAAACCAGAAGAACUGGCAGGUGUAAGUGAGGCGUAUGAAGAUGCUGCCAACUGCCUGUGGUUACUCACCAACUCCAAACCCUGUGCCAACUGCAAAUCUCCCAUUCAGAAGAAUGAGGGCUGUAACCACAUGCAAUGUGCCAAGUGCAAGUAUGAUUUCUGUUGGAUCUGUCUGGAAGAGUGGAAGAAACACAGUUCCUCUACAGGCGGUUACUACCGCUGCACACGCUAUGAGGUCAUUCAGCAAGUGGAGGAGCAGUCUAAAGAGAUGACCGUUGAGGCUGAGAAGAAACACAAGAACUUCCAGGAAUUGGAUCGCUUCAUGCACUAUUACACACGCUUUAAAAACCAUGAGCACAGCUACCAGCUGGAGGAACGCCUGCUUAAGACGGCCAAAGACAAGAUGGAACAACUGAGCAAAGUUCUGAGUGGAAGAGAAGGUGGCCCUCCAGAUACUACUUUCAUUGAAGAUGCAGUGCAUGAACUACUUAAGACUCGUCGUAUUCUCAAGUGCUCUUACCCUUACGGGUUCUUUCUGGAGCCCAAAAGCACAAAAAAGGAAAUAUUUGAACUUAUGCAGACUGACUUGGAAAUGGUGACAGAAGAUCUUGCACAGAAAGUCAACCGGCCUUACCUCCGCACACCUCGUCAUAAGAUCAUUCGCGCUGCCUGCCUGGUGCAGCAAAAGAGGCAGGAAUUUCUUGCCUCCGUGGCAAGAGGUGUGGCGCCCAAUGAUUCACCCGAAGCCCCUCGACGCAGUUUUGCUGGUGGAACAUGGGACUGGGAGUACUUGGGUUUCGCUUCUCCCGAGGCUUAUGCUGAGUUCCAGUACAGACGCAGACACAGGCAGCGCAGGAGAGGAGACAUGGCCAGCCUCCGCAGCAACACACCCGACCCCGAUGACCCAGGCCACAGCACUUUAGGCACACAAGAAAUCGGUGGUAGUCAGGGACCGGGUCUCCCCAUGCCUCACAGUUCUCUAGACGAGGAUGAUCCGAAUAUCCUGUUGGCCAUCCAGCUUUCUCUGCAGGAGUCUGGGCUGACUGCAGGCGGUGCUGGCAUUGAUGCUCAGGAGAUCCUCGCAAACGAAGCCUCUCUGGGGGCCAUUGGAACAUCCCUGCCCACACGGCUGGAUCCGGUGCUGUGCGGGAUAGACGUGCCCCGUGCUGCCCUGAGCAGCUCCGAGCUGUUAGAGGUGGGUGACAGCCUAAAGAAGCUCGGUAAUAUCAGCGGCCAGAAUGUCCCUCUGCGUUAUGACAAUCUCAACAAUCCUUCCUGUGAAUCCACUGAGGACCCCUUCCAAGCUCCUCCGGGGCAUAUGGAAACCUCCGAUUUCAAUUCAGACAACGCCAACCUUCUAGGCAACAUCAUGGCUUGGUUUCACGACAUGAAUCCACAGAAUAUCAGUUUGGUUCCUUCGGCUGGUGAAUUCGCCGCUCAGUCGGCGAGGAUGACGUCGGAGCCGGCUGACGGCGCCGUUCCCCAGUGGACAACAGGGGGUGAUAGAGAGGCCGAGCACGAGUUUGACUCCGGUAUCGUCACGGGAGAGCGUGAGCCCGUCAGACCGACACAGUUAGACCUGGUAGGUCUCGAUAUGUGUCCGGUACCUCCUGCUUCGUCCGUCGAAUUGGGCGAAAGUCCAAGCGGCUUGAACCCGUGUCACUCCAACACCCCGAAAUGUGACUCAGACCCCGACCAGCCUAGCAGUAGCUCCUCUGAAUGGGAGGGUCAAGUACACCUUGUAUGAAAAACUGACUAGCUAAGCCACUUUUUUUGAAGUAGCUGCCGGAUCUCGAGGAACAAGAUUAAUCAUGACGAGAAGCUUUGUAUUGUCAGAUAUGUAGAAAUCGAAACCGUUUUUGAGUACUUGCCCAGUACUCGUGUGUUUCAGGCCUUUGUGCUUAUGAGGCAUGUGUUGUUUGCUCACAAAAAAACUUGUUCAGAUCCUGGAGUGUUAAACACUUUUUAAGAGUCCAGAAAGUGGGGACAGGAAGUGAGGUAGUCAGAAAAGUCUGCUGUAUAGAACAGGUAUUCGGUGUGAGUUUGCCUGAUUUAAAAGGAUGUAAAAGAUACUGUAGGUGCCAAAAAAACACUGGCUAGCACACGCCGAGCGGAUGGUGUGCUGAUUGUGCCUGCUGCUGAGGGCCUAGCCGCCCUGUUGAGUACACUAUCCUUCCUUUAAACUAGACGUGUAGUAUUAGAGAAGUACACAACAGCGUCACGCUCAGAUGAGCAGGGCUGAUAAUCACAGAAACUAAAAGAACAGUAAUUCUAGUUGCAGUCGACUUUUCUUUUUCUGGUCAAACGUAAUCACUGUAAUCCGUCAUUUCGGUUAAUUAGAACGGAAAGUACCGGCGGGGUUAAACUCGGUUCAGAAGCGCCGCGCCGGAUCUGGAAAACGUUUUGUCUUUGCAACUUAUCACAGUGCCUUUUCUGUGAAACUUCUCUUUAUUUAUAGCCGCUCUCUUGCGCUCGGAGCCCAGAGUGUGGGAAGUUCCAAUAUACAUCGUACUUGUAUUUUCAGGUGGCGAUUAAGCAAACUGAGCUCAAUGUUUUUUAAAAAGACAUUUUUAUACAUGUUCGGUUGUCCUUUAGCAUGCCUCUGGCCCCUUCUCCCCAGAUUGUUUUUAAAGCAAUUAUUUAAAAAAAGAAUGAAAUAAUGAACUCAGACACAUUUAUGGAUUAAAUACGUCUAUAUUUAAUCAGAUACUGUUCAUUCUGUUUUAAAGGAUUAAUUCACUUCCCAAAUAAAAAUUAUUUACUCACGCACAUGUCAUCCAAGAUGUUCAUGUCUUUCUUUCAUCAGUCAAAAAGAAAUUAAAGUUUAGGAGGAAAACAUUCCAGGAUUUUUCUUCAUAUAGUGGACUUCAAUUGGAGCCAACAGUUUCAAUGCAGUUUCAUCAGUUUUGUCUAGCAAAAUGAUCAAUUGUUUUCUAAAAAAAUAAAAAUGUAUAUACUUUUUAACCACAAAUGUUCUGUUAUGCACGUCUACGACUUCAUGCAUAACAUAGUCAUGUUGGAAAGGUUCUUCAUCAGUGUACACCGAUUCGAAGAAAAACUUCACCUCAUUUUCUCCUCCAACUUUUUGUAAAAGGCAUUUGACUUUCUUUGCAUGUUAGCUUUGUAAACAGUGGGUCAGUACUUCCGCCUAUGAGACGCGUGACCUUUCUAGCACAAUUACGUAAUGCAUCAAGUCAAGCUAGUGUGAGACAAGCAUUUGUGGUUUAAAAGUAUAUACAUUUUAAUAUCUUUUUAGAAAAUGACCAAUUGUUUCACUACGUAAGACCCUUAUUCUUCGGCUGGGAUCGUGUGGAGUCUUUUGAAGCUUCUGUGAAACUGCAAUUUGGACCUUCAACCAGUUGGUUCCCAUUGAAGUCCACUGUAUGGAGAAAAAACCUUGAAUGUUUUCCUCAAAACCCUUAAUUUCUUUUCGACUUAAGAAAGACAUGAACAUCUAAGGUGACAUGGGAGUGAGUAAAUUAUCAGAACAUUUUUAUUCUGAAACUGAAUCCUUUGUGAUUUCCACAUGGCCACAUUUCAAACAGUCUAACUCUCAAAUUUAAAUGUCAGAUAAAAAUAGAAAUGAAUGAAUGAACUUUUCGAAACCACUUUUCUCCUCUCUGAGGUCUCAUCUAUAAAUCUUUCGGUCGAGGCAAAGGCAUUUUCAGUGUGAUGGCCAGAAGCUGUUUUAGCUUCAGAUUUACAUUUCUACAUAUGGUGGAACUCACCCACAAUUAAGAUUUUUUUACGAUUAAUUUAACUGUGGUAUUUCUCGACAGUAAAUUAUGGAAAUGAAUUUUCUAUUUAUUUAAAAUUGAAUGUCCUUAAAAAUUAAUGAAGAUGAAGGUAAAGUUGGUGAUGACGAAAAAAAAAAGAUUAAUAAACGCCAAUAUAUAUAUUUUUUAUGUAUAUAUAUCAAACUGUAAUAACACAGUGCCACUUUUCAAUAUUUGCUUAUUACUUAAAACGUGUCUGCUGAAAUAAUUGUUUAAAGCCAUUUAAAACAAAUUAACAGUGUUUUGCAUCAAUUUUCAUUGUGAACACCUGCCCAACUUUUCUGAUAAAACCGCUAAAUCGCAGCAGCACUAAGUUUUAAGCAAAAUUUGCACAAAAUUAGCUCACAUUUCAGCUAUGGAAUAACCCAUUUUAGCUUGAAGGUUUGCCGUUGUAUUGGGUUUGACUGAGCAGGUGCCUGAUGGUUUACUGUGGGCUUGAUGUCAUGUUGAAUCAGACUUUAUGUCCUAAUGCAGUAUUGCACUGCGUGAACUUUUCGAAGUGAAAAUUAAGGCAAACCUGUCCGUUAAGUGGUUUUUUGGAAUCAUUCCAUUCGUCAAAGUUUGGGGGAGUGCACACAUGAAUUUUUCUGUAUGUACAGCUUAUGUGUGAUCGGAAUGGGUUAAGCUCACUAAAUCGCAGUAUUUCUUCGGACUAAUAAUGUAUGUCGCCAAAGGUGGAGGUGGAGCUAAUGUCUGUUCAAAUGAAGCAUAUGAUAGAUCUGUCCAAACAUGACAAAAAAAAAAAGUGAAUGACAAAAGUUGUCCUGUAUGUGACAGUAUGCUGUGCAUUAAGUAAUUAUAAUAAAAAUAGAUCAUGUUUUCUUGACAAAAGACCGUUCGAGUGUCGAGGCUAUUGUUUGGGGAAUUGGGUGGUUAUUGUUUGUUUUGGGGGGGGGGGAAAGCACAUUUUGUAAUCCAUUACAGAUUUUAUAUUGUUAAGCACCUAAUCCUUGAAAUGGUAUUUGCACUUUCAUAAUCUUUACUUGAUACAUUCCCGGUUUAUAUGGAAAAUACAAAUGUGUGAUGUUUGGCCUAUGAAUUGGACCGUUUUGAGUGUGAAUCUCAAUAAAGUUGCUAAGACAA